AUGACUGAAUCUAUUGUACAGCAUGCCGUAAAUGCUAUCAUUCGUCCGCCAAGAGCCGAAUACGACGAAUCCACACUUCCUUUAGUAUUAGAUGCAGGUGAUAACGAGAAAUACUGUCGUUUUCCCGUUAAUUUUCAAAAUGAACGUGGACAAUCAUUAGUUGGAUCCAUAUACUACGUAUCAAAAUACAAUCCUCUAAACGGAGGCCCUUGUAUCAUGUAUUUACACGGAAACGCAAGUAGUCAGCUAGAAGGUCAAUUUCUUGUUCCCAAUUUUUGUCCACAUGGACUUUUUGUAUUCUGCUUUGAUUUCGCAGGUUGUGGCGAAAGUGAUGGUGAUUAUGUUUCACUUGGAUAUUUUGAAACGCAAGAUGUGAACUUUUUAAUCAAAACUCUACACAAGCAAUUUGCCAUGGGCCCAUUCGUGCUCUGGGGAAGAUCGAUGGGUGCUGCAACAACACUUCUUGUUGAUAAUCCAUAUGUUAUUGCUAAAAUCAGCGAUUCAUCCUUUACAUCAGUUCCAGACAUGUGUGCAGCCAUUGCCAAGUCAAUGAGCCUACCGUCAAUGUUCAUUCCAGCAGUUAUUUGGUUUUUGAAGAAAAAAGUUUUACAAGCAGCCGAUUUCGACCUAGAAACGAUAUCUCCAUUAAAUUGUCCUCAAGAAGCCCCCGUUCCUUGCGUUUUUGGACAUGCAGAAGGCGACAAAUUCAUUCCAUUCGAACAAUGCAGACAAUUAUACGAUAAUUACGAAAAUCCAAUGAAGCAUAUUAUGAUCCUCGACGGAGGACAUAAUAGCAAGCGAGAUUUAGCUUGGAUUACCCUUGGAGUUACAUUUGCAUUAGAUAUGUUGUCAGUUCGAGUAGAUGACCUCAAAAUAUCAGAGUGCAGGAAACUACAAUCAGCAUCUUACCACUUUGGCUCUUUCGAAACGAUGCUUUCCUCAGCGAGAGAAACAAAUAAUACUGCGACCAUUUCGGAUCUCCAAGAAUUCCAGAAACAGCAAGAAAAGGAGGCCGAGCAACCAGAGGAAAAGAAGAAGGAGAAAAAGGAGAAAAAAGAAAAACACAAACACGGAAGCAAAGAUGAGAAAAAGGAGAAGAAGAAACACAUGACUCCAGAAGAAAAGGCCGAAAGAAAGAAGGAAAUGGAAGAAAGACACAAAAAAAAUGAAGAAAAAAGAGCAAAGAAAAAGGCAAAAGCAGAAGCAAAGGCAAAAAAGCUCGCUGAAGAACAGGCAAAGCUAAAUCAACAAGAAAAUACCGAAGCUAAUCAAGAAACAGCUCCAGUUCCACCUGAAUCUGAAAUUCCGAAAUCUGAUCAACAAUAA